UAGCUGACUGACUGACUGACUGACCAUGUUAAUAAGUAAAAUUUAGAUAUCUCUAAACGCUACAGGUCGGUGCGAAAUAAAUGUAUAAGGACAAUAUGGGAAGCUCAGUGAAAAUAUAAAAAGCCGAAUCUAUAAUAAAGCAGCCUAAGAGACUAUUCUCGUACAUGAAUUACAGGACAAGGACGCAGCAUAGGAUUCCAAACCUAAUUACGGAAGGGAUUGUGUCUCAAAUGAUAGAUGGUCAGGAAAAAGCAGAGGCUAUGACGAACUAUUUCAGGAGUUUUCACUCAGGAGCCUCCUCUAGAAGAAUAACCAGACCUAAAUACAAAGUCAAAAAAUCGUCUGCUCACUUUGGACUUCGAUCGAAACGAUGUACUUUAGAUAUGAAGAAGUCAAUAGGACUGGAUGAACUACAUUCUAAAAUCUUGAGACAAAUUGCACAAGAUAUUGCUGUCCCAUCGACUACAAUAUUCAAUAUGUCACUUGACCAAGGUGAGUUACCUACGAACUGGAAGGGUGCAAUUGUCACUCCAAUACAUAAAACAGGAUCAAGACAACUCCCAUCAAACUAUAGACCUGUCAGCUUCACCAGUGUCGUAGUUAAAAUACUGGGAAGAAUGAUCAACAAGAUGAUGACAUCCGUGGAAACCAACAACUUGUUAAACAGCGAACAUGGUUUCAGGAAACGUUUAUCUUGCACAUCAAAUCUCUUUAUAGCGAGAGAACUGGAUAGAGGAUUUAGACAAGGCAAAAUCAGUGGAUGUUAUCUACAUAGACUUAAGCAAGGGAUUUUAUAAAGUGCAGAAAAUAACACUAUUGUUGAAGCUGGGAAAUUAUGGCAUUGACGAACCUCUCCUAAAGUGGCUUAAGGAUUUCUUGACGGGUCGUAGACAGAAAGUAAGGGUGAAUUCCGAGUGUUCCGCCUGAAAACCAGUACUCAGUGGAGUCCCACAAGACUUUGUCCUACGUCCUUUACUUUUUAUACUGUAUGAAAACAAACUCCCAAGUCCUCAAUGCCAUUAUACGUUGAUGUAAAAACCCGGCGAGAAAUAACAGGAGACGCAGAUGCGUGCGCGGAUCAUGCAGACCUAGAUGCUUUGACUAACUGGUCUAAUAAAUGGCUGAUGCCCACCAACGCGGCCAAGUGUGUCUACAUGCAUAUUGGGGAUACAAAGGCGAAUAGGUACAACAUAGGGGAAUUGUCUGUACCCGUAGUCUCUCAAGUACCUUCGGGUGACAGUGAGCCAUGAUCUUAAGACCACGGCCCAC